AUGUCCCUAACAAGGUUUGUCAAUGUCUCUACAGUCAACAACCUUCUUAAAAAAGGAAUUAUAAAUAAAGAAGGGGUUCGGCUUCUCGAUUGCUCCUAUAAUGUUUCUCAAAAGUUGGAUUGGAAGCAAUUCGAAAAGGAGUUAUAUGGGAAGUUCGAAGUUCUCAAUAGUCUUAAAACACCUUCGAAAAAAUUAUAUCUCUCUGGACAUAUUCCAAAUGCCGUACAUAUGAGCUUGGAUGCUGCUAUGUAUCCUUCCAAAUACGAAAGAUUCAGCAUCUACCCUCCUGAAGUCUUCCAAGAGUAUAUGCAGCUCUUAGGAAUCAAUCGGGACGAACAUUUAAUUUUAUACGGAAGAGGAGCGUUAGGAGGAAUGAUGUUCCCUGCUCGUUUAGCAUGGCUGCUUAAGUCUUAUGGACAUGAGAAGAUUUCACUCAUUGAUGGAGGAUUUGGGCAAUGGCAAAAUAACGGUUUCGAGGUUGCAACUGACGAUGUCAAAUUAAAAGCUGGUGAUUGGGAAGCUAAAGACAAAAUCAAAGAGCAUGUCAUCAAGUUUGAAGAACUCGAAGAAAAAGAUGGUAAUGAAAAAGCAUUCAUUGAGAAAACAGAUGAGAAUAACUUCUUAGAUUCGAGAGGUCGUGCACAGUUUGAAGGUCUAGAAGAUACCGGAUUAGAUAAUUAUAAAGUGAGUGGCUCACACAUUCCCGGAUUCAAGAAUACUCCAUCAGUAGAGUUGUUAACUAAAGAUGGCCUGAUGAAGAGCGAUUCUGAGAUAAAGAAGUGGGGUCUUAGCAAUGGCUUGAUUGAAGGACAGCCUGUAAUUAUCAAUUGUAACACCGGUAUGCAAGCUUCUCUUUUAUCCUAUGCCAUAGAAGACACUUUUUCUGGACCAAAGCCACGUGUUUAUAAUGGGUCUUUGAAAGAAAUGGAAGCCCGGGAUCCCAAGAAAAUCUCCGCUGGUCGUGUACACCUUCCUUAG